AUGGCUCAGGCUGCGUCUAAAACAUGUGAAAUUUGUGUGAGUGCCCCUGGAUCACAAUACUGCUUAGACUGUGAGCAAUACUAUUGUGAAAAUUGUAAGUCACUGCAUAAAAGGCAGAAGUUAUCGACAAACCAUCUGUUUCAACACGCCUCCAAACUUAUCCCGGAAGGUAAAUCUAGAUGUAGCCAACACAAAGAAGAAUUCAACCUAAUGUGUAAUACAUGCAAUGUACCGGUAUGUACAAGUUGUGUGACAGGAAAUCACAACGGUCAUAAAUUUUCUAAAUUGGUCGAUGUAAUUGCUCAAUUACGAGGGGAAAACGAAAAGCAAAUUCGGGACAAGACAAAUGAAGCAAAUAAAAAUAUAACGAAAAUUGUGGAUAGCUUGACAUCGUUUGAUAAUGCCGUAGAAUCUGUUAUAAAAGCUAUUACCGAUGAAAGUAACAAUAUUAAACACAUGGUUGAUAAAUCAGUAGCUCAGAUGAUUAUUUUAGUAAAGGAACAAUCAAUGAAGGAAAAAGAUAAACUAACCCAACUGUUAUCUGCUGCUAAAUCCGUACUUGUUGCUGGACAGAACUUAGAUAAGAGAAGACAGGAUCUAGAUAAAACAAGACCGGAUGAAACUAUGGUACAACAGAUCAACAAGAUGAAAGAAGAGAUCAACGGACUUCAUUUUGAAUCUCUUCCCGAGUUUCCAAAGAUAUCCUUCAAUAGCAAAGCUGUAACUGAGUAUGACAUUAGGCAACUAAUUGGUUCAUAUACUUUAACAUGUUUAAGGUAA